AUGGCUGCUCUUCCAAAAGCACCCAAUUCUAAUACUUGGGCUACCUCUACAGCCCAAAUGCCUCACACUCUCCUCUCUUCCUCCUCUUCUUCUCUAGUGGAUCCUAUGGGCUUCCCAAAAAGGUCCAUCUUCUUGAGAAAAACACACCCCAAAGCAGCAACUCGCAGAACCACCAGCAUUCACUGUGCUUUACAAUCUCCCUCGGUUCUUCACUUCCCAAACCAACCUUAUAAUCAACCAAUUAUUACCAAGGAAGCCACUUCUCCAAAACCCAACAACAGCACCCACCAUCAUCACCAACCUCCACAGUGGAAUUUACUACAGAAAGCGGCAGCCAUGGCCAUAGACAUGGUCGAAGGCGCCUUGGUCUCCCGCGAGCGCCAAAACCCACUUCCCAAAACCUCUGACCCACGAGUCCAAAUCGCCGGAAACUACGCUCCCGUGCCGGAGCAACCAGUCCGCCACUCCCUACCCAUAACCGGCACCAUCCCAGAAUGCAUUAACGGCGUCUACGUCCGUAACGGCGCCAACCCUUUAUUUGAGCCUGUCGCCGGCCACCAUUUGUUCGACGGUGACGGCAUGGUGCACGCCGUCACCAUAGACUCCGGGUCCGCCAGUUACGCCUGCCGGUUCACCGAAACCCAGAGACUCGUCCAAGAGCGCGAGUUCGGGCGACCCGUUUUCCCCAAGGCCAUCGGCGAGCUCCACGGCCACUCCGGCAUCGCCCGCCUCCUCUUAUUUUACGCACGUGGGGUUUUAGGCCUCGUCGACAAAAACCACGGCACUGGCGUCGCCAACGCCGGUCUGGUCUAUCACAACGGCCGGCUGCUGGCCAUGUCGGAGGACGACUUGCCGUACCAGGUGCGAGUCACGAAAUCCGGCGACCUUGAAACGGUCGGUCGUUACGAUUUCAACAGCCAGCUGGGGUCCACAAUGAUCGCCCACCCGAAGGUCGACCCGGAAUCCGGCUCCCUCUUCGCCCUCAGCUACGACGUCGUUCAGAAACCGUAUCUCAAGUACUUCCAAGUCUCUCCAGACGGCGCAAAAUCCCCAGACGUCGAAAUCCCCCUAGCGGGGCCCACCAUGAUGCACGACUUUGCCAUCACAGAAAAUUACGUGGUAAUUCCGGACCAGCAGGUGGUGUUCAAGCUGCAGGAGAUGAUCACGGGAGGCUCCCCCGUGAUCUAUGACAAGGACAAGAUGUCGAGAUUCGGAAUUCUCAAGAAGAAUGCCAAAAACGCUGACGACCUGGUGUGGGUGGACUCCCCCGACACGUUCUGCUUCCACCUGUGGAACGCGUGGGAGGAGCCCGAGUCAGACGAGGUUGUCGUGAUCGGGUCCUGCAUGACGCCGCCGGACUCCAUCUUCAACGAAUGCGACGAGAGCCUCAAGAGCGUGCUGUCCGAAAUCAGGCUCAAUUUGAAAACCGGCGAGUCUACACGGAGGGCGAUUCUGUCGGAAUCGGAGCAUGUGAAUUUGGAGGCGGGAAUGGUGAACCGGAACCGGCUCGGGAGGAAAACUCGGUUCGCAUACCUCGCAAUUGCGGAGCCGUGGCCGAAAGUAUCGGGCUUCGCGAAGGUGGAUGUUUCUACCGGAGAGGUAAAAAAAUUUAUAUACGGUGAUAAAAAGUACGGCGGCGAGCCGUUUUUUGUCCCGAAUACGGAAUUGGGUUCAUCGGAAGACGACGGGUACAUAAUGGCUUUUGUGCACGAUGAAAAAAGGUGGAAAUCGGAGCUCCAGAUUGUGAAUGCGGCAAAUUUGAAACUGGAAGCGACGGUGAAAUUACCAUCAAGGGUCCCGUACGGAUUUCAUGGGACGUUUAUAGAAUCAAAGGACUUGGCAAAUCAGGCAUAG